UAAUUAUUGUCCUGCAGGACAGCUGAUCUAUUUCAAGCAGGAAGCUGUUUACAGAUAACACUUGCAACUGUUUUGUCUGAUUUGUUGAACUGUCGAAAAGCAAAAGCAACAUUUUUUCAAAUUAAAAACUGUCAGACUUCUGUAAACAGCAGCAAUGAGGUUCAUUUGUGCAGUGUCCCUGCAGUCACAGAGCGUUCCACGGUUCUCAUUUUCUCAACAAUCGUGAGGAGUCAGUGACCUGUAAGAGCUCAUUAUGAAGAGAGAUCUGGUUUUCUUGGCGACUCUAAUUAGCUUUGCCUUCCUGUCACUGCUAAGAUCUGGAUAUCCUCAACACAUUGCAGAAGAGUCCUGCUCUGUUCAGAUUCUUGUUCCAGGCCUCAAAGGGGAGGCUGGAGAAAAGGGAGAAAAAGGUGCUCCAGGGAGGCCAGGAAGAGUUGGACCUUCAGGAGAAAAAGGAGAGAUCGGGGACAAAGGACAGAAGGGCAGCAUGGGCCGACAUGGAAAAAUUGGUCCCAUUGGUUCAAAAGGUGCAAAAGGUGAUAAUGGUGACAUAGGGCCACCUGGUCCUAAUGGAGACCCAGGCAUCCCCUGUGAAUGCAGUCAGCUAAGGAAGGCUAUUGGUGAGAUGGAUAUCCAAGUGGCCCAGUUGACAACUGAAUUAAAAUUCAUAAAAAAUGCACUGCCCUCCCCCGCAGCUGUUGCUGGUGUGCGAGAGACGGAUAAUAAGAUAUACCUACUGGUGAAAGAAGAGAAAAGGUACAUGGAAGCCCAGCUGUACUGCCAUGGAAGAGGAGGAACACUAAGCAUGCCCAAGGAUGAGACUACCAAUGGUCUGAUUGCUUCAUACAUCACUCAAGCAGGGCUCACCAGAGUAUUCAUUGGGAUUAAUGACCUUGAAAAAGAGGGAAAUUUUGUGUAUGCUGAUCGAUCACCCAUGCAGACCUUCAACAAGUGGCGCAGCGGUGAGCCCAAUAACGCUUAUGAUGAGGAGGACUGUGUGGAAAUGGUGGCUUCCGGUGGAUGGAACGAUGUUGCCUGUCAUAUUACAAUGUAUUUUGUUUGUGAAUUUGAUAAAGAAAAUGUCUGAGGAAAUCUGCUUUUUAUAUAAUUUUUUUAUAAGUUACCCUUUGUUUAUAAAGUACCAGUGAUAUUUUACAGGUAUAUAACGCUAGUGUUGUACAGCUGUAAAUAUAAUAUAGGUAUUUCAAAUAUCAAUAUUUACCCUUCAGAAGGGAAGAGCAAUGUUAAAAUAAAGGCACAGUUUGUCUUGGAAAUGUAUGUAUUUAGAUUAAAAUAUGUUUGGGGGCUAAUUUUUUCCUUAGUGCAGUUAAUGAAUUGCAGUUUCAUGACUGUAUGGAGAGUGGAUAUUGGCCCUUUGUUGUUAAAAUGUUUUUCUGGAGAAGUAGAUUCUUGAUAUUGUUUUAUCUUAUCAAAUUGUUUUAUUGCUUAAUGUUAAUUGACCAUAAUUAUACCAGGUGGUGCUUCUGGCUCAUUCAAGCCAUAAAGCAUAUAUUUUAUAUAAUCCAGCUACUUAGUACAAGUAUUACUUUAGAUUUCUGAAUGCGCGGCUUUAUACCAGUUUCUGAGAUACAUAAGUAAAGUAGACACCUAAUCAGUUUUACAAUUUUUGUAAUAUUUCUUCAUUAAACUGUUCGCAGAUGAUAUUGCAUUGAUACACUUCAGUGAACAAGUUCAGUUAGUCUGCUUGGGGCCUUGGCAGAGGGAGACUCAGUGAUCAUAAUUCAACACUGAAAGAGGAAGAUAAGUCAUAUGAGUGUUUCACCAGAAAUCAUAAGGCCACAUUCCAUUUGUUUAAUUUGCUCUUUGACUAAGGCUGGUUUGGUGUGUAUUCUGA